CUUCCGUUCACUCCUUCACCUUUUCGUUAAUUCCAAAUUCUUCCUGAAAGAAUUACCAAAAAUCAGCAAAUUAUAGUGGGAAAGAAAGAGUUAAAUUUCUACUACACAUUUUCAUGAUUAUUCUCAUUUUCUUUCUCUCUGCUCAGCAGAGAAAUAGGAAAUAUUUAACCAUCUUUCCCACUGUUUUGGAGCUUCUGCUAAUGAUAUCUGAUUAGCGAAAGUUGGUUCAGGAAUGGAAAUUAUAUCUUGCCAUUCUACAUCAUUUUAUUACGUUGUAAACAUUAGAGGGAAAGCAACGGGUAAAUGUCCAGGUUCAAAUCAGGCAAGUUUUCCCAUAUUAAAAGAGGAAAGGAUGUGUUAUGUUCUGUUUAAGCCUUCUCCGGGAGCGCUCAGGUAUUCUGGUGCAGAUCAGUUUUGCAUAAAGAGACCAAAUCGGAGCAGAAUUUGUUGCCCUAUCAAUGCAUUCAAGGAAUUUGAGAAUUUUGAUUCAAGUGCCUUGGGUAAAAGUUAUAACUCUUAUGUAGUUGAUGGAAAAGAGGGUAAGCAAAACGUGACUGGUGUUGGCAAAUCAGUACCCAAGGUUAUCAUUCCUGGUUUGCCAGAUGAAGAUAAUAAAGGUGAUUUUGGUGCUCCCAUUAGCAGUUGGUUUUGGGAAUGGAAGCCAAAAUUGAAUGUUCAUUAUGAGAAAUCAGGUUGCGAAAAUGUUAAUUCCCCGCCGGUGCUUUUUCUUCCUGGUUUUGGUGUUGGUUCCUUUCACUAUGAAAAACAGCUAAAGGAUCUUGGCCGUGAUCACAGAAUAUGGGCAAUAGAUUUUCUCGGUCAGGGGAAGUCAUUACCAUGUGAAGAUCUGACCUCGACGUCCAAGGAACAACUUGACGGAGAUGUGUGGGGCUUUGGAGAAGAAGCAAAACCCUGGGCAAAAGAACUUGUCUACUCUAUCGACUUAUGGAAGGAGCAAGUGCACUAUUUCAUUGAAGAGGUUAUUAAAGAGCCAGUUUACAUUGUGGGGAAUUCUCUUGGUGGGUAUGUUGCCAUUUACUUCGCAGCACGUUAUCCUCAUUUGGUUAAAGGUGUAACUUUGCUGAACGCAACACCAUUUUGGGGAUUUUUUCCGAAUCCUGUUAAAUCCCCAAGAUUAUCUAGCGUAUUUCCCUGGACUGGGAGCUUUCCUCUUCCUACCUCUGUCAGAAUGCUCACAGAAGUUGUAUGGGAGAAAAUUAGCGGUCCUGAAUUUAUUGCUAAGGUACUGAAACAAGUUUAUGCUGAUAACACCACAAAGUUUGAUAAAGUUUUCACUCGGAUACUUGAGACGACAAAACAUCCUGCAGCAGCGGCAGUCUUUGCCUCAAUAAUGUUUGCUCCUCGAGGGCAAGUUUCUUUUGAAGAGGCUUUAUCUGGGUGUCAAAUGAAGAAUGUGCCUGUCUGUCUCAUGUAUGGGAAAGAAGAUCCAUGGGUGAAGCCUAUUUGGGGUUUACAGGUGAAACGGCAAUUGCCUGAAGCUCCAUAUUAUGAGAUUAGCCCUGCCGGUCAUUGUCCCCAUGAUGAAGCUCCGGAGGUCGUGAAUUUUCUGCUCCGCGGAUGGGUACGGAGCUUAGAGUCCCAUGGAUCAGUUGCAUUGCCUCUGCUUGAAACUCCAGAAAAUGUUGAUUAUGAUAUCGCCAGAGACUUGGAAUUUUCUCGUGAGGGGCUAAAAAGAUCAGUGCUAGUGCAGUUUUAUGGGUCAAUGAUUCCCCAUUGGAAGAGGGUUAGCACGUACCUAAAAACUCAAUUUCAAAAUUGAGGGGCUUACUCUCGAUAAAUGAUCAGAAAUCAAGCAAUGUAGAUUGUCAUUUAGGUUUUAACAUAUUUUUAAGCAAUGUAAAUUGUUAUAUAGGUUAUUUAUUCAUAUAUGAUAUUUAUUCAUGUUCAUUUCUUUUA